UUUUUUAAAUACCGUUCUCUACUUUUCACUUCCUGCAUUCCGUUUCUUGGACAUUACUGACCCGCCUGGGGCUACCUCUCAACUUGUUAAGCGAAAGAGAACUGCACAGUUUGGGCUAGAGACAGUGAUGAAGGGUCAAAGUCCUCCACUUCAGUGGAAGGCAGCAGGACCUGAUGCCAUCUUUCAGACACACAGACUCCACACUGACAACAUCCACCAGGGGCCCAGCAGACUCUAUCCACAGAUAAAACACCACAAUUCCUCCCCUAAAGUUGGAGUAGACCAGAAGAAGUUGAGCACCACUGUGGGCACCCUCCCACAGCUGGAGAAACCUGCGAAGAAGGUAGUAUUGAGCAAUGUAAAGCCCCAGUACCAGUCGGAUAGCAGUUUGCCCAACGUUACCAACGUGGCUAUAAGCACCCUCCAGCACAAGGAGGAGAGGCAAAGAGGGCACCAAUUCUCCACAAAGUUCAUCUCUUCAGUGAAGCAGUUGCCUGAGUCCUUCAGGUCCAAGAACCUGAUCAACAAGGAGAGAUUCUAUGAGGGACUGAGGCUGCCCUUGUUGCCAAUAGAGGCACUGAAAUACUUCAAGGACCGGCUGACAGAAUUCGAGCAGGAGGAGAUCUUGGACUACUCUGAGAUCUGGUAUCUUCGUGUGUAUGCAAAGAAAUCUGAGCCCUCCCGCAGUAUAACCGAGAGCUCCAGGAAUGAUGAAGAGGAUGACAGUUACAUCAAGGUUUUACAUGACCACAUUAGCUAUCGUUAUGAGGUCCUGGAGGUGUUAGGCAAAGGAUCAUUUGGACAAGUGUUCAAAUGUCUCGAUCACAAGAACAACGAACUGGUGGCUAUCAAAGUUAUUCGGAAGAAAAGGUUCCACUACCAGGCUCUGGUUGAGGUUAAAAUUUUGGAUGUGGUGCGCAGGAAGGACCGAGACAACUCCUAUAAUGUCAUACAUAUGAAGGACUAUUUCUAUUUCCGCAGUCUCCUGUGCAUCUCAUUUGAACUUCUUGGAAUGAACCUUUAUGAAGUGAUCCUGAAGAACAAUUUCCGUGGCUUCAGCAUGGCCAGGGUCCGGCACUAUGCUUUUUCACUCCUCAGAUGUCUGCAGAUGCUGCACAAAGAAAAGAUCAUCCACUGUGACCUAAAACCGGAGAACAUUGUACUGUCACAAAGAGGACUAGGGAACAUCAAAGUCAUCGAUUUUGGUUGUAGCUGCUAUGAGCAACAGAAAGUGUACACUUACAUACAGAGCCGCUUCUACCGCUCCCCAGAGGUGAUCCUUGGCCAUUCGUACAACAUGGCUAUUGACAUGUGGAGCUUGGGCUGCAUCUUGGCCGAGCUCUACACCGGCUAUCCACUCUUCCCAGGGGAGAAUGAGGAGGAGCAGUUGGCCUGCAUCAUGGAGAUAUUUGGAGUGCCCCCAGAGGAUUUCAUCAAGACAGCACCUAGAAGGAAGUUUUUUUUCGAUUUGAAGGGCUACCCUAGACAUGUCACAAACAGCAAGGGGCAGAGGAGACAGCCUAACUCUAAAAACCUGACCAGCGUGCUGGACACCAGUGACCCCCUGUUUCUCGACUUUAUAAAACGCUGCCUGAUGUGGGAUCCCAGCAAGCGCAUGACACCAGAUGAGGCAAUGUGUCACAAGUGGAUCCUAGGGGAUCGCAUCUACAAGGCUCAGCCCAAGACCUGGAUCAAUAGGAAGAAUGUUGAAACCUGCAAUACCCUGAACAAGAACAAUGAACUUCUGCACUGCAAAGCAACCAGUAUCAGGACAGACAGAAAGGAUCAGUCCCAUAUCAACCCCUCCCUCUACUGAUGAUUCCUGCUUCCCCACUGAGCUUUUGCACUUUUUCUGCGUCACAGAGUUCCAUUUUGAUAUUACUUCUGAAAGACGUAUUGAAUUUUCAUGUACAUGUAUUCCUUUUUGAUGAGUGGUAUUAAGAACAACAGGCAGGAGAACACUGGGAAAUGGGCUUGUAGGGGCACUGCUGCAUAAAAAGUGCUGGGUGAGGUCUGUUAACUACUAGGAGACUAGCAUCAGCAAAAGGCUCUUAAUGAAGCUCUAGAAAAAGCCUUCUACAUCAUAAUUAAGCCCUAGGAGCAAAUAAUGUAUGGACAUUGAGUCCUAGGAGUUAUCUCAAUGCGUGUGUCAGUAUAGAAUUAUGUAAAAUUAUUAGCAUUUCUGACAUUUAUAGAAUUUGUAUUAGUUUUCAUUCAUAAAAUUAGCUGUAUGACAUGGAAAGGAACAGAUGGGUAGCAGGGCUGAUCUGGAGGGUUCACAGGGAGGAGGGGAAGGAUGAGUUGGGGGCAGGGGGAAGUUGGGAAAAUAAAGGACUUUUCUAUAUAUCCUGACUAAGGUUUUAGUCGGAAGUAAAUACCGCAUGAGGAGCAGCUGACAUCUUUGCCCAAAUCAACUUACGAUGUCUACUACACCACCUACAGUUUACCCUCACAGCUGGGUAUUUUCUUCUUAACAGAGCAGUUUAGGUAAGUGCAUUGAUGAAGGGUUGUACAGUAGGAGUUGGGAUUUGAAUGCAAGUUGUUUCAUUCCAAGAGAACAGGUUAAA